UUGAGUGAAGAUGGAAGCAAAAGGAGUGAGAAAGAGAAUUUAAGUCAUUUCUAAUAACUUCUCUGGGGAGUGAAAAAAGCAGAUAAGAAAAAGCGACAGCAGGAGGUGUGUAAUGAAUUCACAGUGUAGGGAAGGGAGGAAUGGAUCGUGUUCUUGAAUCAGAGAGGGAGGGGGCUCGGAGAUGGCAGGAACCAUGGUUGGUGGAGUUAGGCUGACAGAGCCCUUACUGUAGCUGGCUUUAACGAACAGGGAUGCGCAACUGAACCUGACAAUUUCUGACGCAACAAGACAGAGCGGCUUCACAUCUGAGUUGUCCUCGCUCCAAAGGACAUUUUCUACAACAAUCUAUGUGCUAAAUUUGUUUUUUGUAGAUUCGAAUUUACAAUCUGCAGAAAACAUUCAGACAAGAUCAAGGCGAGACACUUUCUCUCUUUAAGGUGGCUCUAAAGGAAUGGUGACAAACUACCAGAAACUCAUAAAUCCUUUUCAAAAUGCCAGUGAUGAAGGGCCUACUUGCUCCACAAAACACCUUCUUGGACAGCAUCGCAAACCACUUUGAUGGAACCCACAGUAACUUUCUCCUGGGAAAUGCUCAGGGUCGCUACGGUUACCCAGUUGUCUACUGCUCUGAUGGCUUUUGCGAACUGACUGGCUUUUUCCGGACUGAGGUGAUGCAGAAAACCUGCACCUGCGGCUUUCUUCAUGGGGUUGAAACCAGCGACAGUGUGAUGCAGCAGGUCCACAAAGCUCUGGAGGUUCAGCAGGAGUAUCAGGGAGAAGUGUGCUUUUAUAGGAAGAAUGGAAAUCAAUUUUGGUGUCUCCUGGAUAUCGUCCCAAUUAAAAAUGAGAAGGGUGAGGUGGUGUUGUUCCUGUUAUCCUUUAAAGAUGUCAGUGAAUCAUACGGGAAAAGACAUCACCACAUCCAAGAAGAAGCAGAGGUGUCCAAAGCUGCGAAAGAAAGUAGAAAAAUCAGCAGAUCGUAUUUUGCUCGAAUUCGAGAAACGAGCGGGACUUUUCUGCACCGUCUGUUCUCCAAGAGGAGCAACAGGAAACUAAAUGAUAGUAUGUUCCAGAAACCCUCUCCACCCGAGUACAAAGUGGGAUCAGUAAAGAAGUCACGUUUCAUCUUGCUGCACUACAGCGUCUCCAAGGCCUUGUGGGACUGGUUAAUCCUACUGGCGACCUUCUACGUGGCUGUCACUGUGCCUUUUAACGUCUGCUUUGUCAGUCACAACGAAGGCGGCGAUCAUUCACUUAUCAGCCGUAGCACCAUAUGGAGUGACAUAGCAGUGGAGAUGCUCUUCAUGCUCGAUAUUAUCCUGAAUUUCCGCACCACCUAUGUGAGCCAGUCAGGUCAGGUGGUGUAUGACGCCCGGUCCAUUUACCUUCAUUACUGCACCACAUGGUUCUUUGUGGAUCUGAUUGCAGCAUUGCCCUUUGACCUUCUCUAUGCAUUUAACAUCACAGUGACCUCACUAGUGCACCUGUUGAAGACGAUUCGCCUGCUACGUUUGCUUCGCCUCAUGCAGAAACUGGAUCGUUACUCCCAGUACAGCGCAGUGGUCCUCACCCUGCUCAUGUCUGUGUUUGCUCUCCUGGCUCACUGGAUGGCUUGUGUGUGGUACGUUAUUGGACGUGAGGAGAUAGAAAGCAGUGACCCUGUGACCUGGGACAUAGGCUGGCUGCAAGAAUUAGGAAAGCGUCUGGAGAUGCCGUAUGUUAACAGCACCAAGGGUGGACCCUCCAUGCCCAGUGCCUACAUUUCCUCCCUUUACUUCACUCUCAGCAGCCUUACAAGUGUUGGUUUUGGCAAUGUGUGUGCCAAUACAGAUGCUGAGAAAGUCUUCUCCAUCUGUAUCAUGCUUAUUGGUGCCUUGAUGCAUGCAGUGGUCUUCGGCAACGUAACGGCCAUCAUCCAGCGUAUGUACUCACGACGCUCACUCUAUCACACCCGCAUGAAGGAUCUAAAGGACUUCAUCCGUGUGCAUAGACUACCUCAGCAGCUAAAGCAGAGGAUGUUGGAGUACUUUCAAGCCACCUGGUCAGUCAACAAUGGCAUCAAUGCCAAUGAGCUGUUGCACGACUUCCCAGAUGAACUGCGAGCAGACAUUGCCAUGCAUCUGAACAAAGACAUUCUGCAACUGCCUGUGUUUGAGCGAGCAAGCAGAGGGUGUCUGCGUUCCCUAUCCCUACUCAUCAAGACUUCCUUCUGUGCUCCAGGAGAAUACCUCAUUCGCCAUGGAGAUGCUCUGCAUGCAAAUUAUUUUGUGUGUUCUGGCUCCCUUGAGGUUCUGAAAGAUGGGAUGGUCCAAGCUAUUCUUGGAAAAGGUGACCUCAUAGGCGCCGACCUUCCAGAGCAGGAGCAGGUGAUCAAGACGAAUGCAGAUGUGAAGGCUCUGACUUACUGUGACUUGCAGCACAUCAGUGUCAAGGCUCUGAGGGAGGUCCUCCGACUGUAUCCUGAGUACGGCAGUCGGUUCAGCUCUGACAUCCACCACAACCUGACCUACAACCUUAGAGAGGGCAGCGAGGCUGAUGGUCGUGUUUCUGUGGACCACAAGCUACCAUAUGUUAUUGAGGCAAAUGAUCCAGAGCAAGCAGACGGGACGAACUUCUCCUGGCAGAGGAGUUUUCCUCUGCUUCAAGCCUUGAGCAGCCCUGUCCAUCAGUCCCGCCGCAGCACAUUGGGGGAGGAGCUGCAACACCCUGAAUCACUUCUCCGCUGCCGCUCACCUGCUCCGGGCAGCAGGGGUCGCAGCCCAUCUCCUCAUCCUUUCAACAAGAAUGAGCUCUCUCCGUCUCCUCUGCUCAGUUUCAAUAAUGACUCAGACUUUAUUCAUCGACCUUCUAAAUUACUGAUUCCAGCCCUGCCUUGUGCUAGUCCCCUGAAUCUGAGCCCUAGAGUGGUGGAUGGAAUCGAGGACAAUAGUCACACAUUUCAGUACAAUGUAGAGCAGGGUGAGAUCAAGACUGAUAUACAAGGCCAGCAGGUGAGCGCUGACCUGCUUCUUGAGACAGAAGAAGUGAGACAGAACAUCAGUAAACUCAACAAGGAGGUGAACAGUUUACAUGAAGAUGUGUCUAACAUGUCCAAAGAGCUCCAUGAUGUAAUGCAUUGCCUCCAGUCUCAUAUGACCACGCUGAAUCACAUGUCUUCUACAUCCUGCAGCAACUGGCAGCAUCAUGCUCCUUUGAAUCCAUUAAGUGAAUUGCACCUCCACCAUGAAACUAUAAGUCACCCUGCAAGAAGCAUGUGCAGCUGCAGCAGGUUGCCUUUACACGGCAGAGGCUCUACCUUGCUACACACGUCAAGCUCUGCAUGUUUAAACCUAUGCUGUUCAAACAGAGAAGGACUUACUGCUAACAAGCUUCAGAGUACCUGUCAGACUCCUGGACUAAAUCCAAGCUCCCCUUAUAGGAUCCACGAUUCUACCCAGGGCGGUCCUUCUCUCCUGGGUAUCAGUUCAGACUUCACUAGUUUCCCAAUAAAUUGUGGUCACUCCUAUCCAUCAGUCAGUGUUCACAUCAACUCUGAUGUUGAACCAAAUUCGACCAAACAGCAGACACCAAUUCAUUCCUCCAUCCCUUCAGGCCAGCCUCAGUAUCACACCGCCUUCCGCUCUCUGUCACCCUCAGGAGUUUUCACUUCACUGUCCACAUUACAUGAAAAGAGCCAACAGAGUUCUGUGAGACUAAAUGAACCAAUAGGAUCUAGCCCAGUUCACCACCCACAGGAGAGUGUGGGCUGUCUGCUGGAGCAGCUGUCAGACAGAGACUGUGGCGAUCCACUCCACCCUGAGAGAAAAGACAACUUUGAAUGUGAUUAAUGAAUUUAAAUGGAGCUCUUGUGUUGCAACAUUGCAAACAUCAUGUUAUUGUACUACUGCAUGGAAAUUAUAUGUGAAAGCUUUUGUAUAUGUCUUUCUUGAUGAAGGUCUAUUACUCUGCUGAUUCGAGAUAAGCAUGUCGUCAUGUUUUCUUUGUAAUGAGAUUUGAGCUUUUUGGCUCACAUUUUGAACCAAACUUGAGCAAUCUAGAUCAGUACUUUUCAAGCAUUCAGCACAAUUUUCAUUUUAAUAUUAAUCACAAGAAAUACAAACACAUUUACUUGCUUAAUUUAUCAGAUAAAGGUAUGGUGUCGCCCCCAGGUGGUUAUACAAAAGAAUGCACGCCUUACAUCUGAUUAAAACACACACCAAAAUAGUGAACAAUCUUGGAGAUAUUGUAAACUGUGGUUAAAAUGUAUAGCACAAUAAAGUGUUUCAUGGUUCUCAUCCAAUAUAUGCUUUAUGCUAUUAGACAAGUGUAGGUUUUAGUCUCCUUAUUUAAAUUUAAUGAACCAUAAAAACAUAACUUAUUUAAACUCUGAACAUGCAGAAUUAUGGGAACUACAGUCAUCAUUAGCAACGUUUACAUGUGCCAAAUUUCCCCAAUCCAAUUAAAUAUGUGCAUGCAAACAUGGCUAUUGAUCAAAGAGCAUUUAUUUGCCGAGUCAUGCUGGGAAGGGAUGGUAAAUGGUCUGGAUUUGUAUAGCAUCUUUUAGGAAGCUCUACAGGGUUCUGCUUUGGCAGUGAGUGAUGUCACUGAUCAGCCCCAAAAAGCACCCAAAGUAAUAUUAAUAAUAUUAAAAGCAUUUAUUUAAUAGAAGUAUGUCAUAAUUUAAUCCAUUCAGAAGACAAGAGCAGCUCUGAGUUUUGUGAGACAAACCCUGUUAAUUAAGUCUGUGGGGGAAUUCCGAGUUUUCUGGUGUCGGGAGUUAUCUAAAUGU